CCGUUCUCCUGGCUACUCCCGCUGCGUCCUGGCCACAAUUCACCAUCUUUGCGUCGAGUUUUCUUGCUCCUGGACACUCUCCACCGCGGCUGCUGCACCAUCCCAAAUCUCGUCUCGCCUUGCUCUGUGGGCCAUGCAGCGUCCCGGUGCCCAUUCUCCCAUCCAAACAGCUCCCCGGCACGCGCUGAGUGCUUGCCGAGCAAACUCUGUUCGUGUUCCCGGCGGCCCGCAUGUCCUCGGCCGGGGCGACGCCCUCGCCCGGGGCCGAGCCUCCCAAGAAACGGAUCCGCAAGUCCCGGAGUCGGGGGCUGCGGACAAAGACUGGCUGCUUGACCUGUCGGAAGCGUCACAAGAAGUGUGACGAGAAUGUGCCGGUCUGUGGCCCUUGCUCCAUCUCCAGCCGGGACUGCGUCUACGCGGACGGCGGGCCUCGUCCCUGGCCUCCGCCGGCUCCGUCCCCUUCGGCUCCGGCAUUCCGGAGCAGACACCACCCCACGAGUGCCCCGGCCGGAGCAGCCGCGGCAGGUGCCGCGCCGGUCGCCACGCCGGCCCUCUCGCUGCACACACAUUCUCCAGACGGCCCGCUCCGGCCUUCACAACGCGGCUCCCCGUCGCUCCACAGCAUCAACGUCCCCAGCCCAGAUGCCCCCAAGUUCGGAUCGCCCCGGGGCCUCCCGUCGGACCCCGGUCAGCUGCGCGGUGCUGACGGCGUCGAUGCGCACGCGUCUCCAUGGGCUUUCUCACCAGAAACAGUGACUUCAGAACUCCUGACGGCGGAUCUCGCGUCCACGCGGUGGCUGGAUCUCCUGGCAAAAGAUGCCGCACAGGCAGAUGGGGCUUUCUCCUUGACCGGGACGCCCGCGCCAGCGCCGUCUCCAGCACCGGAAGGAGACAGCCAGGGCCUCGACGCACUUUCUGAUCCGCAGGCGGCAAUGUCGAGAGCCGCUGCGGAAUCAGAAGCGGUGGCAAGGGAGAAGCACGCCUGGCAGCUGCCCGAAGAUUUUGUGCUGAACCACCACGAGACCAUUCUCUUCCGGACGUUUGCAGAAAAGGCUGCAUUGUGGCUCGAUCUCUUCGAUCCCUUGAAACAUUUCUCGACCUAUCUUUCAAGAUUAGCCCUCCGCAACACGGGGAUAAUGAAGGCCAUAUUGGCACUCACAUCCCGCCACAAAGCUCUCGAGGAAGCCCGGACGGCCCAGGUGAAUAACCCGAUGCCGCCACCGCCACCACAAGCGCUCCUCCCGUCCAUCGAAAACAUCAACAACCGCACCAACGACUUGGCAUACACCCGCGCCCCCGCAUCCGCAGCCGCCGUCGCUGCCCGCGAGGACCCCAACGACGCCGUGCAGUACUAUUACGAGACGCUCCACUACAUCCAGACGGCGCUCCGUUACAACAGCUACGCGCACUCGGAGGAGCUCCUGGGCACGGCCAUUGUCAUCUCGACGUACGAGAUGCUCGACCAGUCCGACAGCAACUGGCAGCGCCACCUCAAGGGCGUCUUCUGGAUCCAGCGCUCGCAGAACUCCAACGGCGGGUGCGGCGGCCUGCGGCAGGCCGUCUGGUGGGCGUGGCUGCGGCAGGACAUCUGGGCCGCGUUCCGCGAGGGCAGGCGCUGCCUGUCCUUCUGGCGGCCCGUCAGGGGCCUUCACGAGCUCAGCCAGCACGAGCUCGCCGACCACGUCGUGUACUUGCUCUCCCAGUCGGUCAACUACUGCGCCAAGCCCGACGUGAACUCUACCGACCCGGCCGUGGUCCGCAGGAGGUCGCAGUCUGGCGAGGCGCUGCUGGGCAUGCUUGAGACCUGGAAGUCGUUCACGGGGCCAAAGUUCCUCCCCUUGCCUUCGCCCAUGUCGCCAGGGCAGGCGAGCAUGGCCGCCGUGUUUCGGCCGCUCUGGAUGCACCCGCCAGAGUUUGGCGUGGCAAUGCAGGCGUACCAUUUCGCGCGCAUCCUGAUCACGCUGCACAGUCCGGCGACCGGCUUUGAUGGCUAUCUCAGGACUCAGAAAAUAUUGGCUGAAGCAGUAGCGACAAUCUGCGGCAUCGCCAUGGAACUGAAAGACCAAGGCUGCCAGAUCAUGUCCGCGCAGUGUCUUUUUGGAGCCGGCCUCUGCGUGCAAGACGACGUCAAGAGGAAUAUUGUGCUGUCGCUGAUCGAUGCCUGCGAGGCGCGGACCGGGUGGUCCAUGAAUGAGAUGAAGAACGACCUGCGGACGGAAUGGGCCAAGGUCGCAUAAUAGUUAUCUCGGGAAAUGAAGCGAUCUCAGUGACGAUGCGCAACUGUCUCUACAUGUUCUCAGAGAGGGACGUGCUCGAUGUUUCGUGGUGAACAUGUUGGCUUGUAAACGUGCUACUUUCCUCUG